AACGGAAGCAGAGCAGCGUGCCAAACAACACGCAGACAGUCCCAUUGUCGCAGUCGAGAGCUAGACCUCUCGCUUGAUCAUGAGCUAGCAAUCAAUUACUCACUCAUCCAGCCUCGCCUUCGUCCUUUGCCUCCCCCUGUGCCUUCCCAGCUUCUGACACUCACGUGCAUGCCGCAGUACAUCAACUCAGAAAUAGACGCUCCCUGCCAACCGCUCGCUUCGGCACUCCUGAUAGGACAGGAAAGAGCUGGGAAAGUAUCAGGACAGGAACGCCACCAUGGAAGUCGACGGUCCCUCCUUCCCAAACGAUCUGCUCGGCCUGCUCACCAACAUCUCCGAGGCCGACUUCGUCUCCUUUGACCUAGAGCUCUCCGGCAUCCCCUCACGACUGCCCAGCAAGACGCCCCGCGCCGCGGGACGGUUGACGCUCCAACACCGUUACGCCGAGACCAAGGAAGGCGCCGACCGCUAUCAGAUCCUCCAGGUGGGCUUGACGUGCGCCAAAUUCGACUACAUCGCCAACAGUUAUGUGCUGCGGCCUUACAACAUCAAUCUCAGCCCGCUGCUCGACGAGCGUCUGGACUUUGAGCGCGAGAUCAGCUUCCAGAGCGGCGCGUGCUCCUUCCUGCUCAGCUGUGGAUUCGACCUCGGCGCCCCGUUUGCAAAGGGUGUGCAGUACCUGUCUCGAGAAGAGGCGGAGAGGGCGAAAAGACUGGCGUACGAUCGCAUCGACAAGAAAAACCCCAUCGAGGACCUGCAGCUCAAAGACACCGACACAGAAUCCCUCGACUUUGUGCGCCGGUGCCGCGAAGCCAUCACCACGUGGCAAAAGUCGGCAUCGACUACUCUCGAAAUCACGUCCUCGACCGGCCUGCCCAGCGCGUCUGCGACGUGCACCAUCUCGAGGUUCGAGAAGCGAUUAGUCCAUCAACUCGUCCGCGCCGAGUUCCCGGACGCAGUAGCAAUAGGCCGGCAAGACUGCAUCCGCGUCCUGCCCUUCGACGCCGCACGCGAAGCAGAGAACACGCGGCGCAUCAAAACCCGCGUCAGAGAGCAGAUCGCGCGCCAAACCGGCUUCCGAUGGAUAUUCGAAGCGCUCGUUGGCGGCGAGAUCAACAACGACCUCCUCUACAUCCUACGCAGCAACGGUCCCUCGGACCACAGAGAUCGAUUCGAUCGUGCGCUAGCGAGACUGAAGAAGGGGAAGCCUGUGCUGGUGGGCCACAACAUGUUCACAGACAUUGUGUAUCUGUACCGCACUUUCGUAGGUCCGCUACCGGAUACGCUGGACGAAUUCAACACGUCUCUGCACGAGCUGUUCCCGAAGAUCAUCGAUACGAAGUACCUCGCUACGCACGCCGAGGGCGAUCUGAACGCGAGUCCGACACUGGAGGAGAUCGCGAAGGGCUUGCAGGAACAGCCGCUGCCGAGUAUCGUGACGCACGAAGAUCAUGACAAGUACAACGAGUUGGAAGCUUUCCAUGAAGCGGGGUAUGACAGCCUCCUCACAGCUACCAUCAUGUUGAGGUUGGCGGCGAAACUGGGUGCGGAGCAGAGCAGCGAAGCGAAGACGGAGGAGACUGCAUUCCCAGCAUCAAAACCAGCUUUAGGCCGGGAGGCCUCAGAAGGCGGUAUCAAGCUUACAGCAGACACACCGGACGACUUCGUUGCCGACGGCCGCGAAAAGGUCUCGCACCACGUCGCACCACCUCCCGUAGAGUCCGACUUCACUACGCCCAGCGGCAAGAAGAAGCGCAACAAGAGCAAGAAGGGCAGGACGCAACAAGAGGAGGAAGUAGCAGCCCACCGUUUCGCCACGAGAACCGUCUUUGAAAAGCUCCGCGAGCUAAGUGUAAACGAUGCUGAGGCUUUGUCUGGGACGUCCGAGGAAGAAGAGCUGGACCACGAAACGCUGGGUAAAGAUGAGUGGCCAAGCAACGGAACAGGGGCGAAUGGGUCAUGGGCCGAUGAAGAAUACGUGCAGGAUGAGACGGGGUGGGUGCCGAUCCAAAAGGUGGAGAGGAAGCGCAUGGAGAUGAUACCCGGCCUUGACAACAACAACAACAACAACAACAACAACAACAACUUCUGGCGCCACUUUGGGAACAGGUUGAGGGUGUUUGGGACGGAGGAGAGGGAGAUGAGGAUAGCGUCGUGGCCAGCUGACUCGUGAUCGAAACCAGAAAUUCAUUUGCAAGAGCGACCAAACGCAUUGCAAACUCAACAUAAACCAUUGCACAUUCACACAUUGCUUGAACCUACUAUCGCUCAGUGAUCAUACCCACGCGACAAGCAGCGCUGCCCUCCCCUCCCAACCAACCACCAAAACAUGUGGCGGACGGCGACGACGGGGCUGUGGCCAGGGCCCCUGGGGAUGCCUUUUCCGCAGGAAGACAUACAGCCCAUUUCGUGGAUCGGUGUUUCUUGGAGCUUGAGGGAGGCGGGGGGGGGGGGGUUGGAGGGUGUGUCCUGGUUGUUCUGGUUGAAUAUGC